AAGCUACCAUAACUGACCCUUGAUUCCUGCGACUACCCAUCAGACCGCCUCACCUAGCCGUACAAGCACGUCAGGCCUCCAGCAACGCCACCUCUACAGCCUCCUCAGCCUCGAGCACCGCCAGCAGCUCCUCCUCCUCCUCGGGCGGCUCCUUCAAUGUCACCGAGUCCGCAUCGCAAGACCCGCCGAACGGGUGCAGCAUGUCCAACAACCUCUCCCCCGCCCAGUCGGCGAGUUGGACAGACUAUUCAGCCUCGACAUGUUGCACAAAUUCGACGGCCACCACGUGCUUCUUCCGCCUAAAUAGCGACGUGAGCGGUCAGGAGAGGUGUACGAUCCCCAACUGCGCGACGUUGGAGGACGGCGAUACGGCGCAGAUGGCAGGCUUCAAGCCGUUGAGUACGUCCAGUGGCUCAGGGCCGAAUAACAACACGUUCAAGAUCUCGUCCAGUGCGGCCACGAAGGCACAUCAGCACGGGCAAGGAAAGCUUGUGGGUGCGGCAGCGGCGCUGGUCGCUGCGGGAGCUACGGCAUUUAUGGUACUGUAAAGAGCUCCGGCUCGCCUUCCCGAUAUUGUAAUGGUAUCUUUUCUGUCACGCCGAGCCCUCGCGACUGCGUGCAUGAAAGCGG